UCACAGGCGUGAGGCCGGGCCUGACGGACGCUUGUUGUUGUCCGGCUGGGGGAGGCGGAGGUCGCUGGUUCGCUCGCUCGCUGGGCCGAUCUGUGGCGGUCGGCGGCAGGUCGGUCGCGAGAGCGGGCGCUGUGCAGCGGGGUGAGGCUAUGUCGCGGUGGCAACCCGGAUGGGCCGGCAGGGCCGGGAGUAACGGGACGUCGCCGCGGAGCUUCCCCCGGAUACAGUGCGGCCUGCGCGCGGGCCACGGCGCCGCCCUCCGGUCCUGAGGAGCCCUCGCCGCGCGGAGCCUGUCGCGCCUUCGCACCGUCCCCCGCGCUAGCGGCCCGGCCCGGCCCGGCCCAGCCCAGGCAGGCAGCACCGGCCCCUGCGGGGCACCGCCCCCUCCCCGAGGCCAUGAAACUGCUGGAGAACUCCAGCUUCGAGGCCAUCAACUCGCAGCUGACCGUGGAGACCGGAGACGCGCACAUCAUCGGCAGGAUCGAGAGCUACUCGUGUAAGAUGGCGGGAGACGACAAGCACAUGUUCAAGCAGUUCUGCCAGGAUGGGCAGCCCCACGUGCUGGAGGCGCUGUCCCCACCCCAGACCUCGGGCCUCAGCCCCAGCAGGCUGAGCAAGAGCCAAGGAGGUGAGGACGAGGGCCCGCUGAGCGACAAGUGCAGCCGCAAGACCCUCUUCUACCUGAUCGCCACGCUCAACGAGUCCUUUAGGCCGGACUACGACUUCAGCACCGCCCGCAGCCACGAGUUCAGCAGGGAGCCCAGCCUGAGCUGGGUGGUGAACGCCGUCAACUGCAGCCUGUUCUCGGCCGUGCGGGAGGACUUCAGGGCCCUGAAGCCGCAGCUGUGGAAUGCGGUGGACGAGGAGAUCUGCCUGGCCGAGUGUGACAUCUACAGCUACAACCCAGACCUGGACUCGGACCCGUUCGGGGAGGACGGCAGCCUCUGGUCCUUCAACUACUUCUUCUACAACAAGCGGCUCAAGCGCAUCGUCUUCUUCAGCUGCCGCUCCAUCAGCGGCUCCACCUACACCCCCUCAGAGGCCGGCAAUGAGCUGGACAUGGACCUGGGGGAGGAGAGCGGGGGUGGAGGCAGUGAGGCCGGGGCCGAGGAGACCAGUGCCAUGGAGGACAGGGUCCCGGUGAUCUGUAUGUGACGAGGAGGAGCAGAGGCCCCAGCUUCAUCCAGCGUCAACCAAGCCUGGACCUGCGCUGCUGAGGGUCCCCAGGGCCGUCCCAGCUGCUGGCCAGACCCUGGCACUGCCCACGGCCACUCCUGCCUAGCCCUUUGGCUGCAGCCUGUGGACUGCACUCUGCCACAGGCUCCUGCUGCCCACACGGCCGCCACUGGCGGGGCGGCUGCACCACAGAGUUUAUUUUUGUACUUCCUUCUGGGCCGGCGGUCGCGGCCCCUGCCAGCGGGACCCAGCGGUCACCGGCUUUGACCUUGGGUGGCCCGUGGCGCCCACCUGUGCCCCCACCUCGCCCGUCGGGCCGCGUGCACUGAGUGUCACUUCGCUGCAGCUCAUUUGUUUCAAAUAAAAGUUUGCGUGAC